AUGGAAUCCAUGGCCGCCAUAGCUAGAGGCCGGAGCCGGGGAGAACGUCUGCUUCCGUUCAAGUGGAGCUGCACUGCGUGUGGAGAUAUUGCGGGCCACAUUCCCGGGCACCUUCCCGCCCGGACCAGCAGAACGGAAGCUGGGUUGGUCUAUGCGGAGGGGGCGGGGUCGUCGCCGGCUCAGACUCCGCCCCUCGGGUGGGGCGGGGCUAGUGAGUUUCGCACGCGCCGAAAACCGGUUGAUUUCGAGGGAUCGUUUUGGUGCGGCCGUUCAGAGCCCGAGGCAGGGACCAUGUCCGAGGCGGGGCCGGUGCAGCCCGUUUCCCCACCCGCGUUCCCAGGGGGCUCCACCGGUGCCGGGCCCAGGAGAAGCCGGAGCGGCAGCAGCGGGGCGCGGCCGCUGGAGCAGCUCACUGACCCGCGGGAGCUGCUGGAAGAGGUGGAGAUGCAGAUCGAUGAAGCUGCGUGCUCGCUAACAAAGAUCCUGGAGGCAACAUCUGCUGUGUCAGUCCAGGUAGAAAAGCUUGCAACCAAAUGUUCAGAAAAUGCCCGAUUUCUUAAAACGUGGCGGGAUCUUCUAAAGGAAGGGUAUGAAUCUCUGAAACCUAGUGACUGAUGCUGUGCAAACACACAUAGGAAGGAACCUCAAGAGGGUACCUGGGCAAGCUGAAGCUGAAUCAUCCCACAGCAUUUUCACUUUGUUACCCUUGUCUUGUAAUGCCAGGACUUGGCUCUCAGCCAUGCUGGUUUAAGGAAUGUCUGUAUAGAUGAAGACUUAACAACUUUUUUGUUCCCCCCUUUAUUUUUAUUUUUUGAUGACUUAACAGGGCUUUUCAUCAGCUACCCACCUUCAAGGAAAUGUUUUGUUCUGUGCACAAGCUGUUUCUGUGGAGAAAUGCCUGUUGAUACUGGUGCAUGCAUGAACAUCAUUCAGAAUCUGUUGAAUAAUAGAAUAGACUGUUUUAGUUUGGCUUGGGAGGAGGGACCAAGUUUGGAUUUUUAAACUGUUUGUUUCCUUGCAGUUCUAUUGAUUAGCAAGUACAUAUGAAAUGUACUUAAUAAAAUUUUUAUUAAUGUUACAUUUGUGUUCAGAUAUUAUACAUAGAGAGGUAUCAGAUAUCUCCCUAAUUGACCACUGUGAUUCUGUAAAUGAAGAAUUUCCUAAGUGGUGUAAUCACUUGCAGACAGCUAUAUUUUUUAUCCCCUUGUCCUUCAGGAAUGUAUAUAACCUUGUCACUGCCAAAAUAAGUCUUUUUAAAAUCUUGUUAAUCAAAUGGGACUACUUGUGAAACUUUCCGCCUUCACUUAGACCUGUAUAAACCCCCUCCUUACUCUGCCAUUUCACAGAUAUUAAUACAGAUAUAAUUGAGUCUAGAACUUGGUCUCUUGUUUUUUAGACUGUAGCCCAGCUCCCUCCCUACACUGACAAUCAUCUUAGCCAGUUUUUGAAUACUUUUCUACAUAGUUGCAUUUUUACAGAUUAUUUUAUCACUGCAAACCCUUCUACACCUGAUAUUUUUAUGUAUUUUGGUUACUAAACUAUAUUUAAAGUGCCUUAUUGUGUGCUUAGAUCAUAUUUUUUCUUACGAUAGGUACUCAGCUCUAUUGUGUAUUAAAAGAUUGGGUUGCUGUUUGAAGUAUACAUUUCAGUUUCAAUAGUAUCUGCUAAUUCUCCAUUUUCUGUAAUCUUUGAGAUAAUAGGCUGUAUUAGAACUUGUUCUGCAUUUCCUCCCAUUUAAUGAACUAGUAGGUUUGUGAUUCAAACCCUAUAAUCUGACAUACCAUUGUAAACAAGGAUCUACUGGCUAAAAGAUGUUUAAUUUGUGGUAAAUACCUGGAUCAUAGCUACUGUACCCAGAAACAUAUGAAAUAGCAGCACUAAAAUGAGUUGGGAAGCUAUAGAAAAAUUUAGUGGUGUGCCAUUACUGAGUAGUCAUUGAUCCCUAUUUCUAGGUGUCUCCCACCCUAAGAAAAAUCUAUUUUUUUUUAAUCUAAAGAAUAAAAGACAUUAGAACAAAUAUUGAGCAGCUAAUUAUGGGAGCUUGUUUCUUCCUUCCUCCCAUCUGUCAAAGCAUAGAGAAGGCUGUAAGUAGUACAUGUUCUCUUACUGUUUCUUGAUUAUUUAGCUAAUCAACUUGAUGUUCUCAAAGUGGUGUAAAGGGGAGUUAUCACUGAAGACAUUCUGCAUUAUCCAGAGUAUCAAGUGAGGACAUAAAAUGAAAUAUGGUGUAUUUACUAUUUUCAUCAAGGGGAAAACAGUCAGUUUGAUCAGGAGGUAAAUCUUUAUUCCAAAUAAAUCAAUAUAUACAGUAGUGGGAACAUGAUACACAUCUGUUCUGUAUUUGAUUCUAACAUUUCAAAGUUUUGUAAACAGUAAAGUGUGAGUCACACUAUAUUUUACUUCUUGUAUCUUUUAAGAAGUUGAGUGCAAACAUUAAAAACAUCUUUUUACUUUUUUAAAAUAAAGCUUCAAAGUGUAAAUGCAGAAGAGCAUUUCCUCCAGCUGUGUUAUCUUGGGAACUGAGCUGGCCACAAGCCAGUUAUUGAAAAUCUCCUUAUCCAGUAUCCCUUUCUUUCAUAAUAUCAAAAAGUAUCUU